AUGUUAUCGGAGCUUUUUCCAUUUUAUAAGGAUAAGAAAGACAAUUCCUACAUGCUUUUUGGGAAAUAGAAUAAUAAAGAACAUGCAGAUAUGUUUAGAACAUUUAAAUAAUAAUAAAGAGCUGAGUUCAGAAAAAUCAUCUAACAUUUUCUAAAUAAAUUAGAAUUCAAAUAAGAUGCUGAAUUAAUUAUAAAAAAAAACUUAAGCAGUUUUUAUAUAUGGAAAAACCAAAAUAAAGACUUAGAGGUAUAUUUUAUUGAUGAAGCAUUAACAUCAGAAAUAAAAUAUAAAAAUUAAAUUUCAAAAGAGACUUUUAAAUAAUUUUAUCAAAUCUUAUUGAGUUUAAGUAAUUUGAAUAUUUAAGAUGAUUAAUAAUAGAUUGAAACAUUAGAAUAAUUCAAUAAAGAAAUUGAUUAAUUAUAUUUUAAUAUUGCAUAGAUUAUUGAGAAAGAAUAAAAAAAAGGAAAUACAGAUUAAUAAUUUAAAUCAUUGAAAAUCAGAACAAAUAAUACCUUUUUAUAAAGGCCAAGUGGAGAUAUGUAAUUAAAUUAUAAUAAAUAGAAUUAAAUUGUCGAAAAUUAGCAAUGAAAUUUAUAAUUAUAAUCAUGUCAAUAUCUACAUAUCCACAAGAAAACCAUUUUAUAAUCCUGUGUAAGAAGACUUUAACUAAACAGCGUUUAAAUACAUAGGAUAAAUAGAAUAAUAAACAUUUUUACCAAAUGGAUAAGGAAUUUUGAUUUGUGAUGGAGCAUUUGAAUUUAAGGGCUAAUUUAUAGAUGGAUUAGCAACAGGAAAAGGUUUUUUAGACUUUAAAAUCUAAAAAUAAAAGUUUGAAGGUAAUUUUUAGAAUGGAUUAAAACAUGGAGAAUCAAUUACAACAAAUCCUAAUUAAACUAUUACAACUGGAUAUUAUUAGAAUAAUAUGAAAUAAGGACCAUUUAUUACAAAAAAGUAGAAUGGAUCCUAACUAUAAGAAAUCUAUUAUAUGAAUGAUUAAGUAGUGAAAAAGAAUGAAUAUAAAUUGGAUUUAAAUAUAAAUUCUACUAGAUAUUUAGCUAAUCAUAAAGAUAUUUCAAUUAAUAAUUAUUUUUUCUCUGGAUUGACUGAAGAUAAAUGGAUAAAUUAAUUAUUAGUUGAUUAUUAUCUAAGAAUCUUAAGUGAUUAUUAUAAAAAUGUCUUAAAAGAAUAGAUAUAUCUAUUUAAUACAUCUUAAUCAUAAGAUAUAUUUACAAGUUAGAUAAGUUAAAUAGAUCCUAAAGAUCUAAAGAUAUCAUUAAAAUAUUAGUAAAUAAUCAAUUAAUACUAAAAAUAUCGUAAGAUUAUAUUUAUUUUGAAUGCUGAUUAAGUACAUUUUUUAGUAGUAGUAUACUAAAAUGAAACAUUAUAUAUGCUUAAUUCUUAUGCCACUAAAAAUGAUUAAUAAAUAUUAUCUGCUGUAGCUUCAAUAUUCCCUAACAAAUUAAAUUUAUAAUGCCUUGAAGUAGAAUAACAAAAGAAUACACAUGACUGUUCUUUAUAUUCAAUUUAUAAUGUGAUGUUACAAUAUAAAUAUCAUAAUAAGGAUGUCCAUAAGAUUGAUUAUAAAGUCCCUUUUAAGUACAUUAAGAGAUUAAGAUUUCAUUUAAAAAAUGUCAUAUGUAAUGAUUAUGCUCACAUAAUCCUUCAUUAAGAAUGA